CUCUUUUAAUUCCCCCGCCGCCGCCCCUCGCCACGCUCCGCCAGCCGCUGCCACUCGCCACGUUCCACCAGCCGGCGCCCCUUUUCCUUCUCACUCCGCUGGCGCCGGCGCCGCCUUAUCCAUGGCGUCGGAGAAGAAGCAAUCCAACCCGAUGAGGGAGAUCAAGGUGCAGAAGCUGGUGCUCAACAUCUCCGUCGGAGAGAGUGGGGAUCGCCUCACCCGCGCCGCCAAGGUCCUGGAGCAACUGAGUGGCCAGUCACCAGUGUUCUCUAAGGCUAGGUACACUGUCCGUUCCUUUGGUAUCAGGCGUAAUGAGAAGAUUGCCUGCUAUGUUACUGUAAGGGGUGAGAAGGCAAUGCAGCUUCUGGAGAGUGGACUUAAGGUCAAGGAAUAUGAACUGCUAAGGAGGAACUUCAGUGACACAGGGUGCUUUGGUUUCGGAAUCCAGGAGCACAUUGAUCUUGGCAUCAAGUAUGAUCCUUCAACCGGUAUCUACGGAAUGGAUUUCUACGUCGUCCUUGAGCGCGCUGGGUACCGUGUCGCCCGACGCCGAAGGUGCAAGUCCCGUGUUGGGAUCCAGCACAGGGUGACCAAGGAGGAUGCUAUGAAAUGGUUCCAGGUCAAGUACGAGGGUGUCAUCCUCAACAAGGCUCAGGGCAACACUUCUUAGGGACGCACAUGUUACAGCCCAGCCGUUAGACAUGUUUACCAGUAGCAACAGAGUUUUCACCUCUACUGAAGUUUUGUCGAUCUCGGAUGAUAUUAUUUGCCAAGACUGUUUGGACAGAGGAGCUUAUGAUCUCUAUACUUUGAAAGCUGAAUGCGCCGAUUCAUUUGGUUCUGC